UCGAGAAUUGUUUUCCUUCAUUCAUUCGUGUUCAACCGCUGCGCAAGGGAGUGCCACCGAGAACCCGACCGGUGGUGUGGUUUGCUGUCGUAAAGUCAGGGAAACGAAAAGACUGCCCCCGCCGUGGGGAGAGCGAGACGCAAAAGAAAAGAACUGCGAAACAUCAAUGAAAUCCGGGAAAACGUUUUAACUGUGGUGUAUCGUUAUGUGUCGUGUGUUUUCUUUGUGCAAUUCGUAUCAGUGCGAGCAGCGAUAAGCGGCAAGAAAUUGGAAGGAGCAAAGAAUGGAAUAAAUGCCGCAAACAGCAACGUCCUCUGUCUGUGGAAUGUGAUAAAAACAGGGAAGCGCGCAACCGGAUAAACGACGACGACGGCGGCGACAGACGGACGCGCACACGGUACCAAAACGUGCGCGUGAAAAGUGUCAGUGGAUUAGGCGGCUGGGCGAACGUGCGUGUGCGUGCUGGUGUGCUUGUAUGUGUCUGUGUCUAUGUGUGUAUUUAUUUAAUUGUAGUGCAUCAUCUUCGCGGUGUGUUUCUAUCUGUGCGUGGUGUAUGCGUGUACUGCCGCCGGUGGUGGCAUAGAUUUGUGCGCGUUCGCUUUUCCACUGUGCGCCAAGCUGGCAGCGUAACCGUAAAGGCACCGACAUUAUUGGACGAAAGCAUCAAAAGAGGCAAACUGUCGAAACAGAAGCAUAAAGCACGAUUAUGGCACUGCUAUCCAAUGGCGCUUCUUCGAUGCAGAUAACACCACAGACGGCCAACGGUGGUCCGAACGGUGGUGGCCCCGAUGGCCCAGGUGACUUCAACUCCAACGAUCAUAUCUUCUUCUCGAGUCUGUUUAACGCCCUACCGUGCUGGGAUGCACCGCAUAAAGCGAGCUCGGGACCGGUUAUGGUUCCACAAAGCAAUAACAACACUUCACUGGAUCGGGAUAGCAUAAGCAUUACGGAGGAUAUCCUGUUUUCCAACGUUUUGGGUGCAAUCGGUACUGGCAGCAGCAGUAGCGGAAGCAGCGGGGCUAUUGGCAUGGGCAAUGUCGGUAUCAUCGGUUCAUCACACGGAUCGAGCGGUGGUGGUCAUCUGGCACACGCGGUGACCUCUGCGAACGAAAUCUUCGGUGUAAUAGGCUCCUCGUGUGCGAGCCACGCUCAGCUCACGCCGGGUACUUCGCCCCAGACGAACUCCUCCAACGGCAGCCACUGUCCGUCGUCCGUGGGAGCCAUCUGUGGCCGGUGUGAUACGCACGCCUCCAGCCGCUGCCUGGACUGUAACGAUGUGCUGUGCGAAGACUGCACCCAGCUUCAUGGAAAGAACGCCUUCACGAAAGAUCACUGUGUGAUUUCGAUAAACACAAUCUCACCGAUCGGAUCGGCCCCAUGCAUGGUGCCGGGCAACGGCCAUGGCAGUGGUAAUGGAAGCGGGCCUUCAAACGGACCCAUGGCUGCAGGAUUGUCCGAACCGCACUGCGAUGUACACGGCGAGGUGCUGCGCUAUCUGUGCGAGUCCUGCAAGAAGGUCGUCUGUCAAGAGUGUACGCUCUGGGACCACAAAGACCAUUCGUGCAUACCGGUGGCAAACAUUUCGCAUGGUGCGUCGGAGAAAAUUAUGUCCAUACUGGAAAGUGGCAAGCUGGGCACAAAGUACAUCAAGGCUAGCAUCGAUCGUGCGGUCACGUACUCGCAGGCCGUGGAAAGAGACGCCAUGGAAGCGUCGGCCCGCAUUCGCAAAGCGAUGCGCCACUUUAUUCUGGCCGCUGAGGAUCGCGAGCGAACCCUGUUGGAUCGGGUGGACAAAUUUCGCCAGCAGAAGCUGACCUCGCUUUCCGACCAGAUGGCUGGGCUCCGGGCCGCCCUGGCAGGGCUUUCACAGACCUCCGACAUGCUAACGAAGGCACUUGACUCUGUGUCGGUGAUGGGCAGUAUGGAGAUUGCGAAGACGCUAACAACGGGCGAAAGCCAGAUGGAACAGUUUGCGGCGAUGUACAAGAACCUGCAGCCGAAGGAGGAGUUCAUCACCUUCGUGGCACCGAACUUUGAGCUGCUGCAAGAAAUUCGCAUGCAGGGCGAUGUGAUGCUGGUCGGUCAGCGCAGCAACUCCGUGUCCUCGAACAGCUCGGGCAAUGCGAGCUUACAGGGACCGACGGGUCCAAACUGUGGCGGUGUAAAUCCUAGCAACGGAGUCGGCGGAGUGGGUGUCGUAGGGUCGGUUGGUAACAUCCUAACUCGACGCCCGAUCGUCCGCAGCACUACACCGGCCCAGCGCAUCGGCUCAUCGUCGUGGGAGCCGAUGGGAAAAGGGUCGAGCGGAAGUUCAUCCGUACUCGGGUCGUCACCGACGUCCUUUGGCAUCGGCCCGAUUCCUGGAGCGCCGAUACUGGGGCAGUGUAUUCCGGGCUGCAACAACCAUGUAGCGGCCAAACCAGCCGUUGGCCCUAGCCUUACGUUCGGCUUCGAUGGCCAUGAAGACGGUCAGGUUUCCCGUCCCUGGGGUAUUACGGUGGACAAAGACGGCCAGAUACUGGUGGCCGAUCGGCGCAAUAACCGCGUGCAAAUAUUCUACCCCGACGGCACGUUCAAGUUAAAGUUCGGUUCCAAGGGUACGGCAAACGGGCAGUUUGAUCUUCCGGCGGGCAUCUGCACGGAUGGGCAGGGGCGCAUCAUUGUCGUGGACAAGGACAACCAUCGUGUGCAGGUGUUUUCGGCCGGAGGGCUGUUUCUUCUUAAGUUCGGCAGCUACGGCAAGGAAUGUGGCCAGUUUCAAUACCCGUGGGAUGUAGCAGUGAACACAAAGGGUGAAAUUUUGGUCACCGACUCACGAAACCACCGGAUUCAACUGUUUAGCCCGGACGGUCUCUUUAUAUCGCGCUACAGCUUCGACGGGGUUAAUCACAGUCGAUACCUAAAAGGUUUGACGACACCGCGCGGUGCUUGCUUCACGCCGCAGGGAGAUAUCAUCAUAUCGGACUUUGAAAAUCAUCGGCUUCUGUUGAUCGAUGCAACGCUUUCCAAGGUGCUUGCUGCAAAGGGCCACGAAGGUUCGGCCGUUCAUGAGUUCAGUCGACCAUCGGGCAUUUGCUGCGAUGAUGAUGGGCGUGUAAUUGUUGCCGAUUCUAAAAACCAACGCGUUCUGGUAUUUUCUCCCCAGCUAGAGUUUCUGUGGGCCGUUGAAAUACGUCCUUCGUCUAAUGGGCUGCUAGCAAUAGGUAUGGACGAAAAAGAUCGACCCAGCGAUGUUGCGCUGCUGCCCGAUGGACGACUCGUGGUCAUGGUUGAAACGUCGCCGGACGCGCGUGAUCAGUGCAGUCCACAAAAAACGUUCAUCCAAAUUUACUAAUGUUUUGUCCCAUGCUAUGAGCAUAGCCAUGCUGCACCACACCAAAUCUGGCCCUAUGAGCAUACCCGCUUUGCAAAAUUGAACGUUGAAAACAGGACUGCCAAAACAUUGUUUCACAUUCAGUGCAGCAGCAUAUUGUUUCUGCGUGUAGUAAAUUUAUCAAAAGUAGCAAACGCUGAGACGAUAAAAAUAACACUAGUGUGUGUGUGUGUGUGUGUGUGCGUGUGUGUAGUGAAAGUUAAACUAUAAGAUUAUGUGUACCGCAACGCUGCUACCUCAAAACUCGUUUGAUUUAGUUGUUACUAACGUGAUUUUAAUUUUUGUAUUAGUCCUGACAGCGACAGCUUCCUCCAGUAUCCUGACUCCUGCUUUUAUGAGUGAGGCGAUUGAAGAGAGUGAAAAUUUUACACUAAAAAUCGGUUCUUUUUUUAUUUAGGCAACGCAAGCAUCAAACGGAAAUGAUCCUAUUCCUGGAACCUGGAAGCUUAAAAAGAAUUUAAAUCAGUAACCGAAAAGUACAAGAAAUUUGUUUUAUGAAAGUGGACGAACGAUAAUGCAGCACGAAACAUUGAUAAGAGCGCAAUUGUAAAGCAAGCGAAACAAAAAGGGAAUGAAACGAAUAAUUAGUUCCCUAUUCGCCAUAAGCGAUGUUCUUGUUUGUUAGUUGUAAAUGAAAUUAUUGUCUUCAAACAUAGCAAAUACGGAUCAAAUCUAAAUGCAGCAGGAAGAAGUAGCGAGAUGAUGAUGCAUCGUAAAUAUAGUACAAUUGUAGUAAUAGUAUGCGCCUAUAAAGGCAAAUGGCCGCCAUGAUGAGGGCAAGCGCAUACAGCAUGAUGCGCCGUGCACGGCACGCGUCUUUUGAUUUGAUAUAGAUGUUUUAAUUUUUUCUUCUAUUUGAUAGAACAUGAAUGUUCUCUAUGUUUUGAUCCUCUCCAAAACGCAGUUUUGAUGUUUUAUUAGCAAAUUUCUUAGUCAACUCUUAUAGACAAUGCGUAAUGUAGACUUAAUAAACCUCCUUUUUGAUACUUUGUAUCGGGAGCGAUAGGGAUUAGUGAGAAGCAGUGAAAUGCAAGGGAAGUAAUAUAAAGCAACGUAACGUAUAUUAUAAAUAUGACUGUAACCGAAACAUUAAACAGAAGAGUUCUACGCAAUUUACCCCACAAGACUGAACACGAACGAAAUGUAAACAUAACAUAAACGAUCAAGCGUCUUGAACGGUUUUUUAUGCGUAUUUACACCGAAGAACGAAAAGUAUGAAAGACAAGAAAACUCAUAUUUACUGCUAAAGUUUUGGAACUUUUUCAGCUAAAAUAACAUUUAGCAGUAUUUUGCAUAAUGAAGGGGAAAACAUCUUUAGCAUUUACCAAAACCGAUCGACGGAGAAACAAAUUAAAAGUUCAGGCUAUAGUAUAAUAUCUGUCCCACCUAUUUUAAGCAUGUUUUCUAAAUGACUGUGGCUUUUGUGUUCAUUCUGUUUGAAUCGUUUUUUAUGCUUUGAUUUUAUUACAUAAGUUGUUUAAGCAUCAAUGUGGCAAAACAUUGCAUAUGAUUUUUAUUACAUUCUGUUUAUAGGUUGUAAACCAGUAGACUGAAAAUGUAUAUCAUGUUUUCUCUCGUUCAUCUGACUGUCUAGAUACCCAGUCGUUGAAGUAAACGAAUAUCUUUGUCAAACAUAAUCGUAUCGUUUAGUUGCACUCGUCCUGAUAAUUGUAUUAUUUUGCACCUUUGCGCCAACGCGAUAUAACUCGUAGCGAACAGUUUUGUUCGUUAAUUUAAUUCUAGUUUAAUUGCAAGCAUUUUAUCGUAUCAAGUAUUUUUUCCGCCGUUUAGUGUACGGUAGCCUUUUGCACCCGUAUGUAGUCAAUUUUAAUUGUACUUUAUUGUUAUACGUAAGUGAUACAUGUUGUUACACAUAUAACCAUCUUCGGAUGAUGGAUGCGUCGUGAGAGAAACGGUUCCCAAAUUUGUUUAGUGACUCCUCGUUAGCAAUUCGUUAAUGAUUAUUGUAUUUCGUUUGUUUGUUUUUUUAAACAAUAUAUAAUAACCAUGUUCAUAUGUACGAACAUGUCCCAGUCAAAAACAGAACAAUGCACUGCAUAACAACAUUCAUAACUGACACUUUAUAAUGAACACAAACGUAACGGAAAUGAGUAAAUUUGUAGAUGUUUUUCAUAAGGUUGCUUGUUAUUUGAAAUCAUUUAUUGUAUAGAUUUAGAUCCCAUAAAGAUCCGAGCGUAUAACUGAUUGCCGUAUGAUGAUGCUCAAAUAAAAGCAUUAACAAUAGCAGUAUAAGUUUGCAUCCAGGUGUGACGAGCGGAACCGGUAUAGUUAAAAUUCGUUCUUUAUCAAAAAGAUCAAUUACAUUCGUAAGGGACAGCGCAUUGAAGAUCACAUCUUCGGAACGAUCGGAUCGACCAAUCGAUUCUUUGAAUCUCUGCCACAACAUGAAGGAUGAAAGUAAGAAAGGAGUUAAAAUGUAAUAUUCUUCAGCUUUUACUUAAAGCAAGAAGCAAAGCAAGAUACUGCCAGCAAGUUGUUCAAAAUAUCGUGUAACAUAGCGUAGGCUGUAGGUGGUGGAGCUAUAAUUGUACGCAUUCACAUGCGCGUUGUACUGCAAGUGUGAACAAACUGACUUAAAACAUGCAUAAUAAUAAGAUAUAUUUUUUUUUUAUUUUCCAAUAUCCAUAAGCUACAAAAACAAACCAUAACAAUGCAACAAUUGAAAAUAUACCACUAGCCCUAGUUCAUUGAAAAUGACCAAGAUGAUUGUCGGCGUGGGAAGAGCGAAACUAACAAUAUUGAGAGUGUGUAUAAAUGCCAAUAAAUCUAGAGCUAAUAGCUCUGGCAGCACGAAAACCAGCGGCAAGGGUUUUAUGAUGAAUGGUACAAAUUUAUAAAAAGAAACCCCUUCACUUCACGUGGAAUCAUUUCGAAAAUCGAUGAACACGUGCAAUAUGAUAGGUGCAGAUGAACAAACGGUAACGGUACAGCCCGUACGGAUGGGGAUGGCGUAUAUUCCAAAAGAAGAAAUGCAAUGGCAAUUCAAAACUGCCACCAUUUCAAAUGUUGUGAUUUUGUAAGCGAAACCAAGUAGUGCAGACAGUAAAAUGUGGAGCAAAACUACUGUGAGAUGAAAGCUACUGAAAGUAUUUUGACAAAAUGAAGCAAAAACAAAGUCAACGUGAUUAUACAGCAAUGGCGGGCAAGCAAGCAAAAUAGAUGGAAAAAGGAAAGCGAAAAACGUGUUGAUUAUUGGAAAUUAUUUCCAAGUCAUACAUUGUUCCAUAAAAAAAAACACACACACACCAACAUGAAUUAGAACAUUUAUUGUGGAGUGACAUAAACAAAAUGUAACAAACAAGAGGCAAAAUGAAAAAGGUUUUGGUAAUGAUUCUAAUGGCUUCUCUGUGAGAAGAAACGUCCUAAGGUGUUUGGCAAUACUUAGUUGCGCAAUCAUCAAUUCGGAUCAUUUCUAAAAUCUUAAGUUAAGCUCAACCGAAUUAAGUAUAUGCGUGUAGUUGCACAAUGUUGCACGAAGGAAGUCUUUGUCGAAAUGAGGGCUAAUGAUAUUUUGCAUCACUACUACAGAGCGAGAAAGCGCGCUAUAAACAUUAAUCAAAUUAUUAGCAAAAGUUGCCAUACACAUGUAAGAACCGAACAUUGCGAUAAGAAAGAAAAACAAAACAAAUCUAAUAUGGAGUAUAUUUUAUGUACGCUAAAAUGAUAAAAGACUAGUGAAAUAAUUGCAAAAUGCAGCCUAAACAAUACUGACAAGAGGGUAAAAAAGAGGGAGCGUAUCUCAAAGCAAAAUAAACAGCUGUAGCAAGACAAAAUCUUGUGAAAACACAAACAGAUGUGACAGGUGAGGCUAAGAUCUCCAUAAGACAAAGAAAUCAUUUGAUGAACUUGUGAACGGAUUAAUCUGUGUAGAAAUUUAUAAAAGUCGUCAGUUUUUAUAAUAGACGUAUGUUUUUUCAUAGCUUAAGCCAAGCUGAGUGCUUUCUUAGCUAGUUUCGCACGAACUACGAAAGCAGUUUUCUUUAUUAAAACCCUUACAAUUCCAAUCUUUCUAAUGCUAGUUCGUAGGUAUAACUAUUUUUCAAUAAGAAUACCGUGUCUAAUCAGCGUCUAAUGUGUGUGUGUGUCAAUGAGCAUAACAACAACAACACAAUACGUUCAGAGCUAUAUAUGCGAAAAGCACUCUGUUUAAAACAAACUAUUCAAAAGUGUAACGUUUGCUAACAAUCACUGAAAAACAGCUCACAUUAGUAUGGUUUCUUUCUGGCUAUUUGACGCUAUUGAGAGGUUUCUUUGUGAAAUAAGUAACCUUUUUACCAGCCUAAUGCGUAAGCCAAGGAAAUGGAACGAUUGAAUAAGAACAUUCAAUUCUAAAUUAGACAUACGUUAUUUUGAAGCUUAACGCGUUGCUACCAGAGAAAAAACACACAAUUCACUCAGACUUUGGUGUGCUCCCUCCGCCCCGAAGGAGCGCAUACUUGUUCUUGAUCAGCAAUAAAUCGAAAUUGAAUCCCGCUCACACAUGGAGUAUGGAACACAUCACUAAAACAAAGUCUAGCACAAGUUCAGGACGAAUUACACCUUUUUCCCGGGUCAGUUUCUAAAGUGAACGGCAUUAUUGAACAAUCGCGCGCGAUUUUUUCAAAGGCCCAGCUGUCACAAAUAAUACAGCUGGUGAAAAACAUCUUGAAAGUUUUGAAUAAUUCUGUUCACAUUGAAAACUGAACCGAAAAACAGUGUAUCGUACAAGGUUAACAUCAAUUCUUCAACUAAAGACAUUUCUCAACAGUUGCCGCAUAGUGCGUAAUUUACAGUUCAUAGUCAAGCUAACAGCGAGCAGGUAACGAACAAUUAGGUUGACUGAUCGAAACAAGUAAGACUGAUCAAUAUGAAUUGUACGUUUUGUAUAGAGGUAGCAUUUUACGCUUUUCUGUGCAGUAUGAUGAGCUGAUAGCUUAAGUUACUUACAUCAAACGAUAUACAGUGUGACCGUAACGUAUCAUUUGAUGUUGGAGUAAAAUAGUAGUCAGUAUGUGUGCCGUGAGGAGUGCUAAAGUACGGCUAAAAUAAUAAUCAUAAACCACUAAUGUAGUAGACGUGAGUUGAGCUUUUGCUUAUCCAUAUUUACCUAUUCGAAAAAUCCCCCCAAAGACUAUGAAUGCUAAACAAAACAAAUAACUAUCAGAUGCGUAAAACAUUUAAUUUCAUCGAUUUUCUAAACCAGAACAGAUUAGGGAGGGAUGGAAGAAAAAUCAAAACACACAACCAUCGCAUCACAAAAGAUAUAUUUUUUCUCCUAAUGUAGUAGUAAUUCAUUGAUUCUCAGAGUAAGAAACAUAUUCUUCAUAAAUAAGCAGUGUAUUAUCAAGGCAUACUAUUGUGUUCGUAUGAUUAGAAAAUUAAUCACGGUAUGCUGAUAAUGCACAAUUUUGCGAAAUUUGCUUUUUUUAAAACAAACAAAAAAUUAAGAUGUGCAACUUUACUUGUUUCACCGGAGUGAGCAGGACACCGCCAGAGAACUCUUAGUUUUUGUUUUACAACUAUAUUAAAGCCAACGUAUUUACAAGCAUUACAUAAAGCUGAUUUGUAAUAGUAUCAAACGAAACAUACACACUGUUUAUACUCUUCUUAUCCUUAUCGAACGCAUACUUCAGUAAAACAAAACGAUUGCGCGUUUGUAUUGCACCCGUGCCGUGUUAAACAAAGAAGUAAAGAAAAUAAAACACAAGCUGUUUGAAAAAGUACAACCUUAGCCAGAACUAUGAAGUAUAAGCAAUAGAGAAAGAGCGAGAGAGAGAGAAAGAGGGAGAGAGAGAGAGAGAGAGAGAGAGAGAGAGAGAGAAAAUAGAGAAAAGAGAAAAGAGUUUUAUUAAAAUUAGACUAAUUGAUCGAUUGUGACGACGUAAACUAUAAGUUAUGUGCUACAAAAACAAACAAAAAACACGAAAGCAAAAUACCUAGAAAAUAAACAUGCAAAGGAGUGGUUACCAACGACUGAUUUAUAUAAUGAAAGUAAAAGCAAACCAACACAAAGAGAAAGAGAGAGAUACAGAGCAGUACUACUUAUACGAACUGAUGAAAAAUAAGCCAAUAAAAUUAGCUUAACAAACUGCAGACAAAAAAAAGAACUAUAGCCACAUAAAUAUCCGUACAACGGAAGUAAAAGAAGUAAUACAAAGACAACAUAACGCUGAUAUACAACAUUAGCUGUGAAGCGUCACAAUUUUCUCCAUAGUUUAGUAGUCGAUUCACCAUAAAGUUCACCUGCAUAAUUGUCACCAAUUACCAACACAUCAUCACACAAGCGCAUCGUCACAUCAUCAUCAUCAUCAUCAUCAUCAUCCACAUCACCACCAUCAUAAAACUAGAAAACAUUUAAACUAUCAUAUAACACGAGUGCAGAAGAGAAGGUGCAGGGGGGGAGGAGCGGGCAUACAACGCAAAGGUUCAUAUACUUUCUUCGUGUUUGACGCUAGCUUUAUGGCAAACACAACAAUAGCAAUUGUAAAACCAGUUCCAAUACCGAAGGUAAUUUUUAUAACACCAUUAGCAUUGUAAAGCGAUGAAAAUAAACCACCGGAAAAAUGUA